AUGAAACAACAAAAAGAAACAAUUGAGGCUUGUUCGGUAUUAGCUCUUGGUCGCCCGAGCUCAAUGCCACAAAAUUAUUCUUCGUCAGAAGAUAUUCAAAGAAAAUAUUUACCUUAUUACAACUCAGACUUGAGUUGUUCACCUACUUCAAUGAUAGAACCGUUCUCUCUAUCUACGGAGGGUAAUUACUGUUAUUAUCCUCCACUAUUUUCUUUAGGGCCACCAACCUCCCAUACUUUGACACCGGAUUCUUCAUCUCCUGAAACUUGCUCUGAUCUAGACCUUGAUCUCACUGAUAGUUUCUCGGCGGAUUCCCCUCCUUCUUAUUUUACGGAUCCUUCAUUUCCUAUUAAAAUGGAGAAUCUACAUCAAGGGCCAAUGAUUUCUCAUCCAUUGGAUUGCUUUUCUAUUCCAACGGGUGCAGAAUCACCUUUUGUCGGUGUAAUUCCAACUUCACAAGAAAAGAUUUCCAAUUCGACCGCAGAUCAAUUAUUCGAAAUGGAUGCAAAAUCUUUUUUCCCACGUGAAUUGGCCGCUCUAGAUGCUAGAGAUUAUUUUAGUGCCGACAUGGCCUCGGAAGCUGCACGUCGCAAAUCACUAGAUGAUGCUAUCUUUCUCCGCAAGAUCGCUUCAACUCCAGUGAAGUCUGAAGUAGCUUUCCAACAGCACAAUCGCCGCAAAUCUUUACCUGGUAAUGAGUUAUCUCAACGUCUUCAUAUUGAAACUUUGGGUACCACUACCAAACAGCAAAGAAAAUCUACGAAAUCGCUUGCCCCUUUCGCCUGUCCUCAUGAACAUUGCCCUAAGACUUUUACUCGGCAAUACAAUUUGAAGUCUCAUCUUAGAACCCACACUGAUGAACGACCUUUCGUAUGUAAUUAUCCUGGUUGCCCUCGAGCUUUUGCACGACAACAUGAUCUCAAACGUCAUCAGAAACUACAUCUUGGAUUAAAACCCCAUGUUUGUGGUAAUUGUGGUCGCGCUUUCGCGCGCUUGGAUGCACUGAAUCGUCAUCUAAGAAGUGAUAAUGCGACACAAUGCGCUCAAGCAACACUGGCGAAUCCAACGGCUGGCAAGCUAUUUAAAUCAGUUAACAUAUAG